GAUAAAUGAGCCGCUAUAUAUGUCCAUUGUGUUCGAAUCCUCAUUUACGACUGUCGGACAUGUCGCCUACCAUCGAGUCGAUAUACCGCGAAGUCGAUGAUCUCGUUGACGAUUGCAAUUGUCAGGAGGCUUACAAAAAAUUGGUAUCUAUGUGUGAUUUCGUUAACGAUAAAGCCGAGUGGCAUCGUAAAUGCGCGGAAGUGUGUUAUAUGGUCAGUAACAUGGAAGAGAAGGAUCAAGAGCGUGUGGAAUGGUUGAAAACAGGGCGACAACAUGCUUUAGAUGCACACGAACUAAACCCUGUUAGUGUACCUAUACUAAAAAUACUCUGCUCCACCACCGGUCGUUUAGCCGAAGAAAGCGGAAUAAGAGAAAAGAUCAGCCUUGGAUUUGAGUUCAAAACAUAUCUCGACCGUGCGGUGGCACUAGAUCCAUUGUCAUUUGAACUGUUACAUAUGCGAGGACGAUUUCAGUAUCAAGUUGCAAACUUGAGUUUCUUUGAAAGGCUGGCAGCAAGAGCUAUCGGAACAUUGCCUCCAACAUCGCUCGAUUCGGCUUUGACUGAUCUACUUGAGUUGAGAUUUUCAUCAUGUGACUACAUAACUGCAAAAAAAUGGCUAGCUCAAGCUGCAUCCGCUAGCUGUGACGAAGACGAGCCAGUCGAAAGAGAGCAUAUUGAGGCAGCACGAGAACUACUGCUUAGCCGAGUGUAUCAAAAGUAGAUGGAAGAAUCAAAAAUUGUAAUUACUGAAUUGAUACGAGUAAUC